AACGCAUAUAUAAAUAGCCAUAUAUAGUAGAACUGUAGAAGCGAACAUCUCUAGUAUACACACUAGUACACAAUACUACGUACAUCUAGCUAGCUAGGCAGCCAAAAGGAGUAGCAGGAAGAUGGCGCCCGUUAUCAGCAGCGUCGUGGCAGCCACUCCCGUUUCUGCAGGCGGCGACGCUGCUGCUGCUUCUGCUCCGCCGGCCGUCGAGCCUCCGGCCGCUCCAGCUUGUCAACUGAAACUAACACCCGUUCUAGUAGAACAUCCCGGGUUAAGCAUAGAGCUGACGAUCCGCGCCGUGGUCCGUCCCAUAUCACCCAACUGCGAGUCCAAGCCUCCUCCAGUUACUAAGACGUCGAUUGGUCCAAUGCAUAGCCUGCAGGACCCAGGUAAAGAUCCUAAAACGGAACCCCAUUCUUCUCCAGUUGGUCCGCUCGAACCUGAGUCUGAUCCUCAUGACACAUUUCAAGAUCCUAAAAACGACCCUCGAGGAGGCUGAGUCUGGCCUGGUUGAGAGGAUACACAUGCAGCUGUUUGGUUGCCCGCAUCUGAUGAACCUGGAUCUGUUGAGAUGAUGUUUGGUUGGUUGCAGCAAAGGAUUGGUGGAAUGGUUGCAUGCAGGAGAUGUUGUUUGGUUGGAUGGAUGCAUCUUGGGUGUAAACACCCUCUCCUAUGAGUGGUGAGGUUACCCUAAUAAGUUUGUGGUGUGAAAAUUUUCUCAAGUGUCUACUUCUGUGCGGUGAGGUUACUCCAUGAGGUCGUGUUAAAAUUUUAUUUGCUCUUUGGCUUACUAUUAUUUGUGAGCUAAAUUGCUUAAAAUAUUGCUAUGCACGUCUAUUUUAUUUGGUUGGUCUUUGAGUAUAUACAAGGAACAGAUCAAAUAUUUUGGUCUUUGAGUAUAUACAAUUACAUUGAUGUUAUACAAAACUAAACCAAUUGGUAUAUUAGUAAUAAAUUGUUAUACAUAUGCAAUCUGGUAAAAUGACAAGUGCAUAUAGUAUGUUCUUAUGCAUCACAGAUUAGUACUAUUAAUCAUCAAUUGCAGUAUUUUCCAGCUUGACCCUAACAAAAAAGAACUAAGUGCAGGAAAUAUGUUAUUAUGCAUUACAAAUCAACACUAUUAAUCUUAAUCAUCUUGGAAAUCUCUCACAAUUGCAUCUCUUCAUAUGCAUCAGAAGCAUCUUGGAACCAUAACAACAUAAAAAAAGCAAGUGCAGAAGCAUCCUUUCAUAUGCAGCACAAACAGUGGCGUGAAGCAUUCAUCAGUGGCAAUAAUCAUCAUUGAAGAAGCAAGGCAGAGAUUCAACAUGGGUCAUGCAAUACCCUGCAGUUUACACUACAAAAGCCAUUCAGCUACUGGUGUUCACUACCACCUUAAUCAACAGGUAGCCAACAUUCUACAAAAGACAUAUAUGUGGUGUCCACUACCACCUUAAUCUGCAUCUAAGCAAUAUUACAUAAUAUGGUGUCCCAGUACCACCUCUCCAUAAUAGUUAGUUAAAUAGUUAGAUGCUCUCAGGGUGAUGCUCAUUCAGGAACUUCCUAACCCAACGAGCACGACGAGCCUCAUUCUUCUGAAUGUAUACAAGGCUUUCAGCCUUCUCCUUAGUUAGAUAAGCUAGAACAAGGUCCAACUGAUCCUCACUGAAACCUGGAAAAUCCAUCACUGUGUUGCACAAAUCAGGGUGAACCUCAGUAUGUGCAGUAGCGCCUAUUGCUGAAGCCAUGUUGUUCACUGAAUCUGUCAUGUUGCUGAUGAGAGCAACUUCACCUUCAUUCAAAGCAGAUGCUCUCUUCCUCUUCUUAUAUGAGGUAGAAUCCUCACCAGUAGGCCCAACACCACUUGCUCGAGCAGCAAUUCCAGGACCUUCAGCACCCACACCACUUGGUCCAGCAGCAAUACCAUCCCCAAUAGUGCCAUCAAGAGGUCCCAGACCACUGUCAGCCUCACCAGCAGGGUUUCCAAGUGCUUCAUUUAACCCCAUAGCAAAUCUCCCAGUGGCUUGCCUAUUUGAAAAAAUUAUUGCCAUUUGUGUAUAGUUCUCUAAAGGCACAUUGAGAAACUCAGCAUCCUUAGGGUGUUCCUAUAUGAGAACAUUAGAUUUAAAGUGAGAUAUGAUGUGUACUAAUGCAGUGUGUUUUGUAUGUGAUAGUUAGACACAAACCUUGACAUGUCCCAUGUAGUGCUCCUCUUCUAGGAUAAUCGUUGAGGUCUGAUCAUCCCAAAGAGCCCCACUAAGGUCUUUGAGCCUAGUGAUACGCACCCACCUUUGACGCCAUUUGCGAAGAUGGUUAUACACUUGGGUUCUACUAAUUUCAAUUCCAUAGUGAUCAGACAAAGAUCUAGCAACUUGGUUAAGGUGAACUUCCUUGAAACCCUUGUCAGUCCUAACACCUGUUGCUAUAAGCUCAACCAUGCGCCUUAGCAUUAAGCUAGACAUGUUGGUUGUCCAAUGCAAGGCUCCAUGGUGUCCACCAUGGCCACCAUGGCCACCAUUCCCGCCACCAGCCUCAGCCAUCCUAUAUUUACCACAUGCAAAUGAACAAAUAAAUUUAACAUAAAUCGAUAGAUGUAAUAAACAGCAUCAUUGCAAAUAUCUCGAGGUCUCAAAUUAAUAGAUAACAGUGCAACAGGGUACAACAAUCAUCAUGCAUGAAUAGAUAACAGUGCAACACCAUCCUAAGUUCACAGAUAGAGAGUUACAAAUUAAUCCCUAAGCAGGUCAGACCCUAGACGACCCUCUAUUGUUCCACAUAGCACCAGCCAAAUCAUCCCUAAUUUGCGCCAUUCCCCUAUUGUCUUCAUCUAAGUCAUCGGACUCCUCAUCAUCACUAUCUGAGUUCCAAUCACUCUCUAGUGGCACAUGGUCAUCCAUCCCAAACUGAAGUAUCCAGUUAUGAAGUAUGCAGCAUGCAAGGACCAAUUUGACUUGGGUCUUGUAUGGAUGGAAAGGCUUGUUAUAGAGUAUUCUGAAGCGGUUUUUGAGUGCGCCAAAUGCCCGCUCGAUCGUGACCCUUAAAGAGGAGUGUCUUAGAUUAAACAACUCUCUCGAAUCAUGAGGGUAGUUUCUUCUAUCAUACUCCUUCAAAUGGUAUCGACACCCACAAUAUGGCGGAAGGAACCCCGGUCUAGCAGCAUAUCCAGCAUCAACGAGAUAGUAUUUUCCUAAGAGAUAAAAGCUAUGAGUGUAAUAAUCAUAUGAGAUAAAUGAGAAUCCUUAUUAAUCGUUAGUUUUAACACUUCUAUUACCUGAGGGGACACUAAGACCAUCAUCCCUCUCCAAGGCAUCUGCAAGUAUGAGGGCAUCAUGUGCAGAUCCUUCCCACCCAACAAGUACGUAUGUAAAUCUAAGAUCAAAGUCCACUGCAGCCAUUACAUUCUGGGUGGUCUCUUUCUUCCUACCCCUAAAGGCAGCAGAUAUUGUUGAUGGAACUCGAGCAAGCACAUGAGUUCCAUCUAUUGCACCAAUGCAAUCCUAAUGACCAGUGAGAAAUAUUAGGACAUGAUUGUUGAAAGAACAUAUUUUGUAGUCAAAACGCUGCAAACAAAUUUUUACCUUAAAAUAAGGGUUGAAUCUUCGAUUGGAUGUAAUUUUUGAAUGAGGCUCAGAUGAGGGUGGUUUUAUCAUCUCAUUUCGCAGCUCACCAAUAGAGAAUAAUACCUCAGCGAAGUAUCUACUGAUAGUUUCAAUUGACCUCCUAAAAGUGGGUUGCAAAGCUCUAAAUCUGUGGUUGUGGCCUACAACAAGAAGAAACAUGGCAACUUGUUCUUCCACUGAGCUAUGUAUACUGUCCCGCAACAACGCUCUUUCUCGUAACAAGUUACACAACUGAAAAAAUGGGGCUCUCUUCAUUCUGAGCUGAUUUAAGUAAUUUGUAUCAUCUGUAUGAUAGAUGAAACUAAGAUUGGAUUGUCUAGCUAUGUCCCUUUCGGACAAUGGGCCAUAGGAGAUCCUAGGGGUACGUCGCAUGGCUCUUCUUGUAAUAAACAGAAUGUAAGCAUUCAUUACAGCAACUAAUCCAGCUGCUUUAGCAA